UUGGGCAGAAACUUCCUCAUGAAUUAUUUGAACAAUUAGAUCAGUUUUAUGAAUUUAUCAAAAAGUCGCAACAUAUAAAUAACUAUGAGUUAUCCUGUAUAGCAAACAUAGAUGAAAUAUCUAUUUACUUUGAUAUAGUUAGCAAUCUUACUGUAGAUUACCAUUUAGCAAAAACAGUUCAAAUAAAACUACAG